CCAAACAAGCCAGAUCUCCUCUCCUUCUCCUUCUCCUUCUCCUUCUCCCUCCGAGUAAACCGUGAAGAUGUCUUCAACUCCCGGAGUCGGAAUCAGAAUCGGAAUCGGAAACGGAGACAUCGACACCACACUGUUGAACAAUCGAUUUCUAGGGUUUCUCAUAUGGCAAUCAGUUCAGUCCACACUCGUCUACUUUCUCUCCAAAUCCCUCUUACUCUCCCCCUUUACUCUCAACCCCUUCACACUUUCUCUCUCCUCCUUCUUCUCCUUCCUCUCCUUCCACUUCUCUCUCCUCCUCUUCUCCCUCUCCAUGUCCGCCGUCGCCUCUCCUCAGCCCCACACCGCCGCCACACCCUUGGAACUCUCUCUCGGACUCCUUCGACUCCUCUUCGUCUCUGGUGCUCAACCCCUUUCUCCUGAUUUUCGCCGUCGAGCUAGGGUUUCCCUGGUUUUUGUUCUGUUCGUGGCUGCUUGUGCUCUCUCGGGGUUACUGGCGGUGAUUUGUGUGUGCUGGAAAUGCUUUGAGGACUCUUUUGAUAGAGGAUCAAGGGCUAGGCGUCUCUUGGGAACCCUAGGGUUUAGGGGUUUCGCCAUUGGCUUCUUUUAUGGAGUUUGUUACCUAUACAAGAGGAGAUGGGUUUUAGAGUUUCCUAUUAUUCAGCGUCCUCCUUUCUUCAGCUUCAAGAUGGGGCUCCCUUCAGCUAUUCGACAGGCUUUGAAGCUUUCUAGUGCAGCGUACUUCUUCUCAGCAGUGUUGGCAGUAUUUCUCCAUUAUGAGUUUAAGGGGCAGGUUACAAUGGUAAAGUUAAUUGUUGAGCAAAUCAUUUUAUGCAUUGGAGUUUUCGUGGUUUUUCUCUGUUGGGAACUAAACCAUCAUUUACAUCAGGUGCUGCAUACAAGAAGGUUCAUAUUUGCACCCCCAAAAGGAUCAGCAGCAGCAGAAACAAAUCCAAGUGAACCUCUUCUUACAGCACUGGAGAGAACUCCGAGAUCUCUUAUGCAGUAUCUUGCAUAUCUUGAUCUCUGCAUGGUUUGUGAGAGUAAUGUUGAUACCUGGCGCCGAGCUGCUUUCUUUGAAGAAACUGGUGAUACGUACAAAAGAGUUAUAAUUGUAUGCUUGAGGCCUCUGGAACAGUUUGCUGCAAAGUUGGGUGAAGGUUUAGAAAGUUCAGUUGACAAGUCGUUCCAACUAGGCCACCAGUUACAAUUACCAACUGACCCACAACUAGGUUCAAGACUUCAUGAAAUAUUUUAUGACUUCCAGUUAUGUGCAUGGUGUGCCCGGAUUGUCUCCUCACUGACUGUUCAUUCGCACAAAGAAGACCGAUUUGGAGUUGCUCAACUCUCCGGUAGCAAUACUGCGGUCAUCUCAACACUGUUGUCUUGCUUACUUGCUGUGGAAACAUUUAUGGGGAAGAAGACCAAUUUGCAGUCCUCUCCAAACUAUCUCAUGGGUCCAGCUGGUAUUAAAUGGGCCACACUGAGCACGGGUAGGAGAGAAACAGCUUCAGCUAUGGGUGUCACGGGGAAAAGGAGAGGUAGUCCACUGUACUCGAAAGCGUAUUCUAUGGCUGACAUUCUGAGGACUUCGAUUUACUGCAUUGUGUCGGCUUUCCAUGAUGAGAUGAUGAGUAGUGCUAAAGCUGGAUUUCUUGAGAAGGAAUGGAUCAUUAGUGGGAAGCCUCUUUACGGGACUCGUGACCUCUUGUUGCAGAAAUUACGCCUCUUCCUGGAUUUCCAAGCAUGCUAGUAUGUUGUGUUAUCUACUUUACUCAACCUUUUUCUCUUCUUUCUUUGCCUAUCUGUUCUCUAUGAGAAAAUCUGUUUUGAUGAGGCAGCUUUCUUCUGAAAUCCAGAGAGGUGAUGAGGCAGUUUUUUUUUUUAUUUUUUUUUAUUUUUUUUAUUUUUUAUGGGAAAUAUUUUUUUUCACCCUUUCAAUCGUGGGGUUGAUUCAGGAUGUGAAUUGAAGUUCCCAGUUUUUGUUUAGAAGAAAAUCGAAACCAAGACCAAGACACAGUGGACUGGAAUCUAUGCUUUGAAUUGAAAUUCCCAGUUGUUUGGUAUUGCUUAUUGUAAGCUAAAAACUGAUAAUAAAAAAAAUAGAAAUUAAAAGCAA